AUGACUACCAGUACAGUUAAAGAAUACAAAUCUGCGGUUUUCCAAGGCCAAGUCGGAAAAGAGAAAGCCUUUGCCAAGAAUGGUAAGGGUGUCUAUAUGACCGUUGAAAAGAACGGUAAAGAAUACAGCGGCAUUAUUGACGCGAUUAGUGGUGCCGCUGUUGCUUCUCUAGGAUGGGGGGAUGAAGACGUUUACGAUAUUAUACAAGAUGCCGCCAGGAAGCAUACGUACAGUUAUCCUGCAUAUGUCACCAAUCAGGAGGCUGAGAAACUGGCUAAGUUUUAUAUUGAAAAUUCAGCGCCAGGUGCCUUUGCUUCUUGUUUGUGGACAUGUUCCGGCUCUGAAUCCACAGAAAAUGCUUUGAAGAUCAUGAGACAGUAUCAGUUGGAGCGCAACAUGCCUAAAAAGGUCAAAAUGAUCUCUAGAGAAUGUUCCUAUCACGGUUUUACUAUGGGUGCCAUGUCUGUAGGCAAUACACCAAGAGGAGCACCCUUCAAGGAUUUGAUGAUCGAUCAAGAAAACGUGUGUAUAAAGAUGCCACGUUGCUAUCCCUACAGGGACAUGAAGGAGGGAGAAACGGAGGAAGAAUAUGGAAAGAGAUUGGUCGACACUCUGGAGAAAAUUAUCUUAGAUAAUGAUCCAGACACGAUCUGUUCGGUUAUCGUGGAAACUGUUUCAGGUAGUUCUGUUGGUACCCCAGUGCCACCAAAGGGUUAUUUGAAGGGUCUUCGUGACAUUUGUAACAAAUACGAUGUCCUUUUCAUGUUGGACGAAGUGAUGUGCGGCACUGGUAGAUGUAAUCCAAACGGUAAGUUGAACUGUUGGGAGAAUUUCCUCGCACCGGAAGACGCACCAGAUAUCCAAACCGUUGGUAAGACUCUAGGUUCCGGUUAUGUUACCAUUGCAGGUGUUUUGGUAAGUCCAAAAGUCUUGGACGUUUUCAUCAGUGGCUCAGGCACCAUUUUAGGCGCUCAGACUUACCACUCCCACGCUUUAAACUGUGCAACAGCUUUGGGUAUUCAAGAAAAGAUCAAGCGUGAAGGCUUGACCGCAAAUGUCUUCAAAAAUGGUAACUUAAUGGGUAAAAUGUUAAAAGAAGCGCUGCUAUCUGACGAAACAAAUAUCGUUGGUGAUGUGAGAGGCAUUGGCGGAUUCUGGACCAUCGAACUUGUCAAGAACAAGCAGACAAAGGAACCAUUUGCGCCUUCACUCAAAAUUGCCUCAAGAUUUAGCGAUAUUGCAUUGGAGUGCGGCGCAAACGUGAUGGGUAUUGCAGGUGCUGAUAACUACGGUGGCACUUGGGAUAUUAUCUGUUUAGGACCUGCUUUCAUCAUCACCGAAGAGGAAGUCAAGCUGCUAGUUGAAAGGCUUCUCAAAGCAGUGAAAACUCUAAGCAAACAAUUGAAGCAGGAAGGUGCUUAUUAA